AUGGAACGCGCGGCCUUCAAUUACGAUGCCACCAUUGAUUACAGCAUGCAUGCCUACAUUGGCCAAAUGAAUAUAGAAUGUAUACAUUGCAAAGCAAUUAAAUUCAGAAACGAAACGCCUGGUAUGUGCUGUGCUGGUGGGAAAGUCAAAUUGCCGGUGCUAGAACUUCCGCCAGAACCUUUGCAUUCAUUGGUUUUUGGCAAUUCACCAACGUCGAAGCAUUUCCUCUUAAACAUUAAAAAAUACAAUUCAUGCUUUCAAAUGACAUCUUUUGGAGCUACAAAUAUUAUAAGAGAUGGAUUUAUGCCGACGUUUAAGGUUAUUACUUCGUUGGGAAUAAACAAUAUCAUAUUUAAUUUAUGUGCCGUCCCUGUGUCAAGUCUUGCAACAAACAUCGAUUAUUUUAUGGGACGAAUGUCCAAUGGCCCAUAAAAAAUCUUUG